UCUGUUGCAGUGAAACAAUGAUGUGGUCUGUAUUGCUAUUCGUGACUCUCUGCAUGGUCCUGAUGGAGGUUAUCCCAUCCUCUCAACUACCAGCUGAGGAUAAUGAAAAUGUUCGCCUUCCAAAAUGGGACAAUCAGGAGACGGGCCGCCUGGUAAAAGAGAUGUGAGUUUUGUUUCUGAGGAUAAUGAAAUGUUCGCCUUCCAAGAUGGACAAUCAGGAGACGGGCCGCCUGGUAAAAGAGAUGUGAGUUUUGAUGGGCAAUCCGGAGACGGGCCACCUGGUAAAAGAGAUGUGAGUUAUGAUGGGCAAUCCGGAGACGGGCCACCUGGUAAAAGAGAUGUGAGUGGUGUUAACGACAAGGACAGACUGUUGCACGGAAAGGAUUGUUGGCCUCGGGCAUUUUGCUUACGACGUUAGAACUGUAGCAGCUCAAGAUUGGCCUUGAAUCGCAGCACUAAGCCCACGUUCUGCUUGUGUGUAACUUUGCCUUAGUCUAUAAACUUUGUGAAUAAUUCUGUUUAUGAA